GCACUCUUUUCUGCGCAUGUGCCCCAAAGAAACGAACAAACGUUGAAUGCUUUGCCUCUGCCUAGGUGGAUGACAGAACUGUGUGCACUGUUUGUCCUGUGGCUUUAUUUUUUGGUACAGCUGCGGUUUGGCGAGACGAACCUUCACAACUGUGAAGUUAUGUUGAAGGACUUAGCAGACUCUAAGCGGAUCAAUGCAAACAUCAAAAGCAGUCCGGCCGCGCUCCGGAAUUCAAUUGCGGCAGCUCAGUCAGCGUCGUUAUUCUGUGCUUCUAUGCUCAACAUGUCAGGCGGGCAAGAUUCUCUCCUGAGAGGACCGGCGUCAUCAAUUCCUUCGAUGCUCGCAAGCCUGCUGCCGUCAACCUCAACCUCUGCAGCCGGAUCGUCGAGCGGUUCGUCCGCUCAAAUUACCACACGGACGCAACGACAAGGUUCUGCCGCCGGGCAGCUCCCCAACCUGCCUAGCGGUCAGGCGGCACUGUCGUCAGGAACAAUGGCAGCAACAAUUGCAGGGUUGGCAGCCAAUCAGAACCUGGGAGCUCAUCUUGAUCCGAACACUCGGCUUGCACUGCUCAGAGCGCGGAUGCAUGCGCUCAGAACGGCCGCUUCAGCAGCUGCUCUGGAGGGACCGCUGGCCUUUGGUGUAGGUGGCGGUGGCGCAGGUGGAGGCCUCCCAUGGGCGGGAGACAAAGAUGAUGAUGACAUGCUCACCGUGGAUAUGAUUGAUGCCACAAUUGUUUCGGCUCUAUUCUGGCCACCAUUUCAGGGGGAGAGUAUAAAAUUGCCAGAAGCAGUGCAGGGCCUGCUGGAUGCCUAUGCGGCACGAUAUCAUGCGCUGAAGGCUCCACGGAAACUUCAGUGGAAGACUCAGCUUGGUACAGUGAAGUUGGAGCUUGAGUUCGAGGACCGGACUGUGCAGUUUACAGUAUCUCCAGUCCAUGCAGUCUUGGUGAUGCAUUUUGAAAAGACCAACAGGUGGCUGUCAUCUGAUUUGGCCGAAGCAGUCGGCGUACCUGUGGGAGCUGUCCGGAAGAAGAUGUCCUUCUGGGUAAACCAGGGUGUAGUUACCGAAGCCCAAGCGCAGACAGGUGGGGAGAUCACGUACACAGUAGUGGAGACCUUGGGAGAAAGUGGAGGAAAGGCAGGCACCGCUUGUGGCGCAGCAGAGGGGGCAGUUAUGCUAGAAGAAGAGGAGGGGGAGAGUGCGGUGGCGUCAAUCGAAGAUCAACGGCAGCAUGAGCUCGAAGUUUACGAGGUACAUACAGCUGAGUUCACAGCCUUAAACCUUAUGCCCGCAGUCGCCGGCAGGAGUUCGGGGCUGGAGUUGGAAAGACUGGAAUGUGACAGCCUGCAGCACAAGCAGCAAAGCAACGAGGCAGCAAGGCACAAGGCAGCACUCCCAAAUCAGCCAAACUGCAAGGCAAGCAAGUAUGACUGGUGUGGAAAGACCAGGCAAUGCAAACAGAUAGGCAGCUAGACAAACAGCGCAGCGAAGCACAAGGCAGAUUUGAUAAAACAUGGCCAAACUA